CCGCGCUCUCUUGCACAACAUUCCGUUUGUCGUAUGUGAUUAGGUUUUCUCGUCGUUGCAGUGUGAUGCUCUCUCGCGUGCUUGUGCUCAGCUGACUGUAGCAUCGUCGAAACCAAGGGUCGAAUCGGUUGAGAUUUGAGUGUGCCGCACGGUAUCCGUUUGUUGCGCUGAGGUCCUCCGUUUCAGAUUCUGUCCGAAGCAGCGAAAGUGGUGUCGGGCAGGGCAUAAUUCGACGCUGUCUGUGCGGCUCGGGGUGUUGCCGCACUUUGGGACAGCUGUUUUAGUGAUCAGCGCGAGAAGGGUGUAUGCGUGUUUGGUGGAGAGCCCGCUCGUGUUCGCUGAUGUGUAUCUAAUUUUUCAUAUGUCCAUGUUGUUUGAUUAACUGUGAACUGCAUUCGUCGGUGCUUCUGUGAGGUAUGCUGUCUUGGGCCUUUGAUUCCCAAAGCCAAAUAUGAUAGCAUUUCCGUAGCACGAUGGUGUGAUUCACGAUUUCCGAGUGGGUAUCUUUGUAAUUUCGAAGAAGUGGGAGCGGUGAGCGAGUGUUUUGCUGGCGGGGCACAGUUGAGAGUGGCCAAGAGGUCAUACGAUUUCGUCACGAGUCGUAGCGAAUGUCUUGCGAACUGCGACGGAGACCCCCCGGAGUUCCGAGAUAUAGAUUGAGCGUUGGGCAGGGAUCUGAAGGGUAGAGCUUGUGGAGGAGCAGGUGGAGGGCCGUGUAACCAAACAGCAGGUGUAGGAGGAGUGGAGUUCACUUUAUGACUGGGGAUUCGUGUAAGGCUGAGCCGGAGUCGAGGCCUCUACGGCCGCUGUUGGCUGGGGGGACCGCAUGCGCUGAGCUCAAUGUGGAAGCUCCGGUGGGUGCAGAAUGGAGGAUUAAGGGUGGGUACAAGGCGCACAAGGAAGUAGAUAGGGGUAGAGAGCAGGUUGGUAGUAAAGUCGCAGAGGACAGUGAGAACGGCGCGAGGCUGGAGAAGGGGCGCAACGUGGCCGGCCGUUCAGCAGUUUCUGUUCUGAAGACACGGGAAGAUCUUAAGGACAUUGCAGAGCAGAUAAGGAGAGAGUUGGAUCACCAGUUCCCAGGGAACGACGUGCUGCGAACAUCGGAGUCGGACGACGAUGGACGCAGAGACGAUAGCGCCGAAGAUCACUAUGAAGAAGGAGACGCUGUGGCUGCUGUUGCGCGCGACAAGGCGAGGUCACAGGGAAUAGCUCGGAUGAAAGAGCAGCAGCAGCAUGGGGGUGAUUUGAUAACAAAAACUCAGGGUGGAGGUGGCUGGGAAAGCUUCUUGCUGCAACGGAGUUUGAAUGUUUUACUGGUGGAGGAUGAUGACGCAACAAGGCACGUGGUGGGAGCUCUACUUCGUAAUUGUGAUUGUGAAGUCACUGCGGUUGCGAAUGGGUCGAUUGCUUGGGGUAUGCUGGAAGACGCGAACAGCAAUUUCGACUUGGUGUUGACGGACGUGGUGAUGCCAUGUCUGUCCGGAGUUGGGCUUCUGUCGAAGAUGAUGAAACGGGAGGCUUGCAAGAGAGUUCCUAUUGUCAUCAUGUCGUCCUACGACAGCCUGGACAUUGUGUUCCGCUGCAUCUCGAAAGGAGCGUGCGACUAUCUCGUGAAACCCGUGAGGAAGAACGAGUUGAGGAAUCUAUGGCAACACGUGUGGAGGAAGUGCCGCAGCUCGAGUGGAAGCAGAAGUGGGAGUGGCAGCCAGACUGGCGAAGUAGCCAGGCCUCAGAGUCGUGGAGUUGAGGCGGAUGACAAUCCCAGUGGAAGCAAUGAUGGGAACGGCAGCAGCGAUGGGAAUGACAAUGGGAGCAGCCGGCUGAAUGCUCAGGGUGGGAGUGACAAUGGCAGUGGCAAUCAAGCUUGUAUGCAACCCGUACAGGUGCCGAGAAACAACGCAGCACCGGCAGCUGCAGAUGGAGACGAGGAGGGGCAAGCGACUUCUCAAGGGAUGGGUGCCAACCUGGAUGAAGAGAUGGGGCAUGACUUGGAGAUGGCAACUCGUCGGUCUACUUGUGAUACCGCAAAGCUUGAUCAGCAGCCGGAUGUUGGGCGACAGCAAGACGAGGAUGAUGCAUGCGUGAUGCAAGAUGCAGGGCCAUCACCCGGCGACGACAACGGUGAGAGUCCAUCAACCAGCGGAAAAGAUGGAACUGCCGAGGAGUCUUCUCCGAAGGCCGUGGACCUGAUAAAUGGUAUAGCUUGUCAGCCACAGACGCAGGGUGCAGAGCAAGCUGAAGGGAGUGAGAACGAUGACGGAGAACUGGAUCAGCGGGGGAGGAGCAGUCCGAAAGACCACUCCGGGUCAGACUCCGGUUUUAUGCUGGAGUUGAGUUUGAAACGGCCUCGAUCGGCCGUGGACAACGAUGGAGAUACAGAAGAGCGUCAACCCCUGCGGCACUCCGGAGGGUCGGCCUUCUCUAGGUAUGGCAGCGGAGGAACCAUCAUACAACAAUGUCACCAGCCCGGGAGUUCACUUCCUGUGGGCGGGUAUCCGAUGUCUGGUGGAUACGGAGUGUACGGCAUGUCUGGCGGCACGUCCGGAGGAUCUCUUCGUCUGGGGAUGGGAAUGGAGCGUUGUGGGUCGUCGAAAGGGAGCGCGGAGGGAACGACGCCCCCUCCUCUGCAUCCCCAGAGCGCGGAAGCAGCGGGAGGGCAGGACGGCGGCGGAGCGGAUGGGUACGGCAGUGCAAGGCAGAGCGCGGAGGAGGCAAUGAUAGCACCUGGAAUGCCGAUAGCGAUCCCAAUCCCACCGCCUGGGAUGCUGGCUUACGACGGCAUGGGUGGAGCGUAUGGUCCGGCCAUGCACCCGAUGUAUUAUGCGCACGCGGGCGCGUGGAUGGCGGCGUCGGCCCGACACAUGGGAGAGAGGGUGGACGUAUACAGUCAAACACCCGCAUUUCAAGAACAGAAUCCCUGUUCUGGGCAUCACUCCCAAGCUGGACCGAGCCACCAACACACUCACCACCACCAAGGCAAUCAGCAUCACCACCACCAUCACCACCACCACCACCACGGGGACGGCGGGCAACCAUCUGGAACUGCAGGAGUGCAAGACGAGCAACAACAGUCGGUGAUCACUCCCAUGUCGGGGGCUCCACGGUGUGGGUCGACCGGGGUGGAUGGUCAAAGCGGGAGCAGAAACGGGUACGGAAGCACGGGGAACGGGAACGGGUCCAUGAACGGAAGCGCUUCGGGAAGCAAUACCGGCGUGAACAAUGGACAGAACGGACUUGGCGUGACCCCGAUGGCGAACGCCAACAGCGGGAAUAAUGGAGUGGGUGGGACGGAUCCAGCAAUGGAUGGGGUGAGCGGGGGCAACGGGUUGUGCACGGAACAGAUACGUUUUGCCAGACGAGAGGCUGCCUUGAACAAGUUCAGGCAGAAGAGAAAGGAGCGGUGCUUUGAGAAGAAGGUGCGCUAUCAAAGCAGGAAAAAGCUUGCGGAACAAAGACCGCGAGUACGUGGACAGUUUGUGCGGCAAGCGGCACAUGAUCCGUCUGCCGGCGAUGCAGAGUAGAAUAUGUUUCAUUUCAUUGGUUUUGGUUGUGUCUGUUUAUUUUCUCACCUUUCCAGUGGACUCCCAUCCCAGCUUAGGGUGGGGACCGUCACUUGGGGUCGAGUGGCUGGGAUCUGUGUUUGCCAUUCAUGCUGUUGGAUUCUGACGUUGUACGCGCGAGGCUUCUAGUUCCUCUGUUUAGUAGAAUGGUGUUCAUUUUGGAAGAUGAAUGGAGGGAAUUCUUGAACAAUCCCAGUGCAUCGCAAUCCUUGAUGAGGGGAGUGAUGGUGGCUCUAUUUUUUUGGAAUCCGCAUUGUAUGGCGAAGAGAAUGGAAUGAAGGGUUGCGGUUUGCAGCCGAGCUGCAGAGUCACCGUUUUGGUUAUGUGAGAGAAGAGUACAACUCAUGUGAUGUGAAGUGAGUUGUGAGCUUCAAUAGGAGGCUAGUUUUUCGAGAUGGUCGGGCAACAGGGACUGCGCUCAAAGCGUAGGUGGGUGCGAAGUGUUGCAUCGCAGCGUUGAGAAUGUGGAGAGAAAGAAGCAAGGGGGGUGUGGAGCCAGCGCAGACGGAUAGAUUGCCCUCAGGAAGGAAUCGACGCUCAGUGGCCUCUGAGAUCAUUUGGCACGGAGAUGUGAAACGUGCGGAGGUACUGGAUACUCUGCGCGACCUGGAGUUCAGUCAUCGAGUUUUUAACCAAGAAGGGAAGAAGUCGAGUUGAUUUUCGCAGGACUUCCAUGCCGUGAAAUCGGCGCGAUUUACACAGUAUGCGUAUUCAGCUUGUGGAAGCUUUUGGAGUUGUAUUGCAACAGGACGAGAGUGCAGUUGCAGCACCUUCAUCUCGGGUGAGAGAGCUUAGCAAAUGAGCCAUUCGAGUUAUGUAUGUAGCCUUGAGGUGUGCACAUGUUGGGCGUAAUUGACGGAGCAGAGUAGGAGUGAAUUUGCGGGUCGAAGUUUUUGUACUUUAUAUUGCGUAUACUGGAAUCCAGUGGAGUUGGAUGAAGGUAAGAGAUAAUGAACACCGACAGCCAAACGUGUGACAGGGCUUAGGAAUGCGAAUGCGUCGAAGUUGUAAAAAUUAUUAUUUGCAGUAAUUACCAUCGGUAAGCUGAUUAUCGAGGAUCUAUGGCAAACCUUGUCAUAAGAUCUCUACACAAUGGGCAUUAUAUUCGCCCUAGGAAGCACAAGACUAUGUAAAUUCCUGAUUGAAAUUUUAAAAUCACAUAAUUCAAAUUAUUGACUCA